AUGGCGUCGCAAAGCGCCUCUCAGCCGAAUGUCCGGCUAACCCAUCCGUUCACUUGCAACACUUGCCAGGUCGCCUUCCGGUCCAGUGAGCUGCAGAGGGCUCAUAUGCAGACCGACUGGCAUCGUUACAACCUUAAGCGUCGCGUCGCCUCUCUACCCCCGCUCUCCUCUGACAUCUUCACUGAGAAAGUGCUUGCAAAUAAAGCCUCCGCUGCCGCCACCGCCGCGAAAGCCUCUUUUGAAAAGGCGUGUUCAGCCUGCCAGAAGAUAUACUACAGCGAGAAUGCUUACAACAACCACCUGAACAGCCAGAAGCACAAGACCAACGUCAUCAAGGCGAGCAGGGCGCAUAUGGAUGACUCCGCUUCUCUGACUGGAUCAAUCAUGAGUUCUGCUUUUUCUUUGGGUGAGCCAAUGGCAGAGCCCGACGCCAACGCUAUUGAUCGUGAGGCCGAGAGGGAAUUCUCAGAAGUAGUCGAUGGCAUGAAGCACACGAACUUGGACGAGCACACCAAAGAACCCCUUUCACGACGUCCGACACGCCCACACCAUUCAGCAGGACCGGAAGACAGGCCUGAACACCCCAUUUCCAGGACUGGGACUGCUUCUACGACUAUCAAGGAAGAUGACAAGAGCUCUGUUACAUCAUCCAACAAACCUCCCGGCGACCCUCUUUUGGAUUGUCUCUUCUGCAACUAUCGGUCCCCAAAGUUCUCCCUCAAUAUUCACCACAUGGGCCGCUUCCAUGGAAUGUUCAUUCCAGAUAAGGACUAUCUGGACGAGCCUGAAGGCCUUAUCAAGUAUUUGCACAUGAAGAUUAAUAAGCGUCACGAGUGUUUGAAGUGUGGCAAGAUUAAACACACAGCAUCUGGUAUCCAAACACACAUGCGGGAUCGUGGACACUGCAUGAUAGGCUUUGACACCGAUGAUCAAAUGGUCGAAAUUGGGCAGUUCUACGAUUUCAGUAGCACGUAUUCCGACGUUGAGGAUUUUGAGACCGUAAAGCGAAGAGCCGAGGAGUCUGAAAGCUCAAACGACUCAGAAUCUACAGCCGGUGGUGGAGUUAAGCUAGGUGCGCCGCGAAAAGUGCUCACAACUGAUGAUGCGGCCAUGUCUGGCGAUGAUGAUGACGGAUGGGAGACUGAUAGUACAGUCUCCACCGUUCCAACCGACGAGAUUACAGCCGUGCCGAUCGACGACCACUCUCAUCGAUACAAAUUCCUCUCGAAAUCUCGACACCAUUCUCAUUCAGAUCCACGGCCUCAUCGGAAGGUAGACGGCUUUCAUUCCCAUGCACACACUACCCCAGUCGCAGUGUACCACGAUGACUACGAACUUCAUCUGCCGUCGGGCCGGACUGCUGGCCAUAGAUCGUUGAACAAGUACUAUCGCCAGAACCUUCGUAACUACCCAGGAGUUGCGGAGCGCAUGGAGAAUCGACGCACUAUCACAGCGGGAUCCUCCGACUCUGAUGGCGAUGUGAACAUGGACCAAGACAACCGAAACCGCGGACGGCAGCUCAUCAGUCGUGCCGACGGCGGUAUGGGAAUGAUUGGUGUCACCGACGCUAAGAAGGCCGAAAUACGCGCCGUGGAGAAGAGGGAGCGUAGAAGAGAACAACGAGCUCGCAACAAGUACCAAGCUGGGAACGAGAGGAGGGGUAACUUCCAGAAGCACUUUAGGGAUCCACUCCUCCAAUGA